GCUCGUAUUAAUUACACUCGUAGUUCAUUGAGAGCGUAGUUAAGUGUGAGCCAGUAACAUGGGUUGUGGGUGUUCGCGCAAGCGAUCCAACUCAAUCCAGCUGCUAACAGGGGAUGACUUGAGCGCUUCCACCGAUAAAACGGCCCUUCGGAGAUGCACCUGCAGAAAAACCGUCGCCCGAAGUGCGUUGGUUCUGCUGCUGAGCCUUCUGGGGGCCUUCAUGGUCGUCUGGGUGGUGAUCCCAGUGUCUUUCAUGCUGUCGCUGCCCUUCCAGACUUUUAUGGUCUUCGUCCCGAUCGACUCCCCGAGGAACGCGGACUUUGACCGGCCGGAGUCCUUCGGGCUGGAAGGAGUGCGAAAUUUCCACAUUUCCACUCGGGAUUACUACCAGAACGACACUUGGACCAGCAUUGGAGCCUGGAUGUUGCUGCCCGAGGACGAAAUCAGCUCCUCCGCCAGCAGCAAUGUGACGGAAAUCCUCCAAAACACCCAAAAGGACAUUCUGGUGUAUCUCCACGGCGUGCUGGCCAAUAGAGCGAAGGCUCUGGAGCAGUAUCGGGUGCUGAGGAGGCACUUUCUAGUGGUGGCCAUCGAUCAUCGAGGCUACGGAGACUCCGGCCGCAACGUCCGCAUGGGCGAAGAAGGAAUGGCGCACGAUCAUGUGCAGAUUUUCCAAUGGAUCAAGUCCAUCAACCCCCAGAGGGAUGUUUACUAUUGGGGACACUCAAUGGGGAGCGGCAUCAGCGCCCGCACUCUAAAGCUGCUCAACCAACAGCAUUCCAUCUCCCCAACUGGACUCAUCCUGGAGUCCCCGUUCACCUCCUUGGAGGACGUGGUCUCCACAAUGGUUUUAGGGAGGAUGUUCAGCUGGUUGGCGUACUUUGAGGCCGCAAUCCUGCGGCCUCUGGCCACCAACGGCUUCCAUUUCCGCUCCAAGGAGAACAUCCAAUCGAUAGACUGUCCGGUGAUGAUUCUGCAUGCCGAGGACGACAUGAUUGUCUCGUUUUCACUGGGCGAAGCCCUGGCUCAAGUGGCGCAAGACACGCGCGAGCCCCAUCAAGGCCCAGUGCUCUUCCAGGGCAUUUCGGCGGAUUACGGUUUCGGCCACAACGACAUCGUCCACCAUCCGGAAAUCGACGACUUCAUCCAGAACUUCCAGGCCAUUUGCCAGAACUUCACCCACUAACUUUUCCGCUGGGCGGCAAUUUAAAUGACAAUUAAUUAGGCCAAUAAAACUUUUGUACGUUGUUUUCUAA